AUGGCGAUAUCACUUAGCAGAAAUCUGCUGAGAUGCAGGAUUGUAAGCGAUCCAUGUAGAGUAGGAUUGAUUCGAUGUUAUGCAGCAAAACCUGCUGUUGACAUCAUGAAUGAAAUUCUUGGUGAAACCUUAUCAUCCAUAAAAGCUGCUGGCACAUGGAAAGCAGAGCGGGUUAUCACAACAAAACAGGCAGCUGCCAUACAAGUGCUUGGUUCUAAGAAGAAAAUUCUCAAUUUCUGUGCUAACAAUUAUUUAGGAUUGUCUAGCCAUCCUGAAGUUAUAGAAGCUUCCAAGAAAGCAUUAGACAAAUAUGGUGAGUAUGGUGCUGGUCUGAGUUCAGUUAGAUUUAUAUGUGGUACUCAGGAUAUUCACAAAGAGCUUGAAAGCAAGAUUGCCAAGUUCCAUAAUCGUGAUGACGCAAUUCUAUAUGCUAGCUGCUUUGAUGCUAAUGCUGGAAUAUUUGAUGCUCAAUCACAUCAUCUUGAAAAAAAGCUGGCUGCUUCUAAUGCUAGAAUGAAACUGAUUGCUACUGAUGGUGCUUUUAGUAUGGAUGGCAACUAUGCCCCAUUAAAGGAAAUAUGUGAUUUAGGAGAUAAGUACGGUGCUUUGGUUUUUGUUGAUGAGUGUCAUGCAACAGGUUUCCUUGGUAACACUGGAAGGGGAACUGAUGAAUUUCUGAAUGUAUUUGGAAGACCACAGAUAAUUAAUUCAACACUUGGCAAAGCAUUAGGUGGAGCAGCAGGUGGUUAUACAUGUGGUCCUCAGUCUCUUAUUGAUCUCUUGAGACAAAAAUCACGGCCUUAUCUCUUUUCUAAUUCUGUUCCACCACCAGUUGUAGCAGGUGCAUCUAAGGUUUUUGAUUUACUCAUGAAUGAUAGUUCAUUGGUUGAAAAAGUAGCAUCCAAGACAAAACGAUUUCGAGAGAAAAUGACAGCUGCUGGAUUUACACUGUGGGGAGAAGGACAUCCAAUCUGUCCAAUCAUGUUGGGAGAUGCAGCCUUGGCUACCAAAUUUGCUGAUGAAAUGUUGAAACAUGAUAUAUAUGUGAUUGGAUUCAGCUUUCCUGUGGUUCCCAAAGGCAAAGCACGAAUUAGAGUACAGAUUUCUGCAGCUCAUUCAGAUGCAGAGAUUGACCAAGCUGUGGAAGCAUUUACACUUGUUGGAAAACAGCUUGGAGUAAUCUAGUAAUAAAGUUUGAAACUGACAGUAUCUUCCCAUUUGGAAGAACCUGCACCUAUUGACAUGUAAGAUUAACAAUAUAUAUAUUUGAAUUGAUAGUACCGUAUACGCCAUGUGACAAGACAUACAGAAUGCAUGUGUACAGCUCUGACGAUACUUUGAAAUAAUACCUAAAACAAUGAAUGUAAGUCUCUCAAAUGUAUGACUUCUUCAAAUCUGUAUCACAUUGUAUGAUAAUAAAACAAGCAACCGA